UCCUUUCGUGACGCCCGCGCGUGUAAGAAGUAUAGAAGAGAUUUUAUUCGUUCUUGGACUAGGCGUUGCUCAUUAUCAUACGUGUGAAUUUCGCUAAUUCGCUUAAAUCCGUUUUCCGCUGUCGUACUCAUUUCAAUGAUUCAAUCUGUAAUUGCAAAGAAGGGCGAUUUUGGUUUUUUUCACUUUUCAUUAUUUCUGUUACAACAAGAAGAUUGAAAGAGGUCUGUGUUUGGCGAGCAACUUCAGACACCAAUAAUCCAUAAAUACAAAGACAAACAGACAUUUGAGGAAGAGACGCAGUAGAUUUAUAUACAAGCUCUACGAGUACAAAUCAUCAAAACGCCAUGCCUCUUUAUAGCUUAGUGGUCUCUAUAUUUCAAUGUUUUGCGAACAAAGCCCGAGAUGCUGCAGCAGACAGGCUAGAAAACGGUGACGUUGGUAAUGAAGCAUUUCGCAAACUUAUCAAGCGAGAUUUACACGACAUCAAAACAAAGCUAGAUAAUCUUUUGAAAAUAGACCUUCACUCCAGUUUGAACUACUUGGAGGAAGGAUUUAUUCAAUUUUUUAAUUGCAUUGACGAAGUUAAAAGUGAUAGAGAAGGUGAAGAAGCAAGUAAUAAUGAUGAGUCUCAGGCAACUUGUACUGCCAUCACCACCAGGAUCAACAUGAAUCAUGAUCAUUUAUCAACUUGGCCAAGUAUUGAACUUGGAGACGGAAAAAUUUUUAAUCCAAUACAGGACAGGCGCAAGGAAUUCGCUGUCGAGCCUUGGGAUAAAAAUUCGAUUAACUCUUUUCGAGAGAUGAAAAAAAUGAAAACUAUGAUGUUUGAACUUUUGGACAAGAUGACUAUAAAUGAACAUUUUGCUCCAAUAUUCACCUCACCAAGUGAAUUAGAUAUGGAUUUAUUAAGAAGUGAUAUUUUGGUUGCUGGAGGCGACAUAAAGAGUGUUGAAAUUUUUUCAUGGAAGGAGAAGAAAUGGCUUAAGAUUGCAUCAAUGGAAAAAAAACACUGGUCGGCUUCAUCAUUUAUUUAUAAUAAUAAUUUAUUUGUUGUUGGAGGAUAUCUCUGCAAGUCAAUGGAGACAUUGAAUAUAAAAGAGUUUCCUUUAACAUGGAAGACACUUCCCACAAAGCUUCCUUAUGAAUGUAAAUUUCAUCAAACUGUUUUUUAUAAACAACAAAUCCUUUUCAUUGGAGGACUUAUUGUUUGUAAUAGAUCAGAUUUGAUCAGUGAAAUAAAGAUAACUGGUACAACAUCUUAUGUUUUAAAAGAGCUGUGUCAUAUGCCUGAACCACGUUCGCACCAUGGAGCUGUUGUUGUUGAUGAUAAAGUUUUUAUUUUUGGAGGAGUGGGAAAAGGUUUCGAAGUUUUGUCCAGUGUUUUGGAACUUGAUCCAAGGACAUUUACAUUUAAGGAAAUGCCUCCAUUACCUCAUCCAUUGGCUGAUAUGGCAACAGUUCAAUGGAGAGAUCAAGUUGUUCUUCUUGGAGGUUUUGAUGGAAGAGAAAGAUUGAACAGUGUUAUUAUGUAUGACAGCAAAACAGGUAAGAUUACAGUCUUACCAUCCAUGUUGGAAAAGAGAUCCUGUUUUUGUGCAGUUAUAACUGGUGAUACAAUUGUUGUCAUGGGAGGUCUGACUGAUAAAAGACAACUUAAAUCAGUAGAGUGUUUCGAAAUGGGAAGUAGUUCUUCAUGGACAUAUCUUCCUUCAAUGAAUGAAACACGAAGUGGAGCUAUUGCUGAAGUUUUACCUUUUGGACAAAAGUAUGUCUAAGAGACGAAAUUUUAUUAAGUUAUGUAACGUUAUAACUCAUCAAUGUUCGUUUGAACUACAUUGGAUGAUAAAUUUGUAAAAUUUAAAAUGUAUAGUUCAAAAGUUCAUAUAAUCAUUAACUAUUUUGAUAAAUUUCUGAAAUAGGUGAAUGGCUUUUGUAUCUUAAUAAGUUUGAGUUUUUGGAGCAUAGUUUAUACCUUUUUUCUUGUCCUUGUUUCAUUGCAGUUUAUUGAACAAUAAAAUACAAGUUUUCCAUGGUAAAAA